GACAUAACUCUUGACAUUGUACGCCUUCCUAUAAUUAUGUUACAUUUUUGUUCUCUAAGCUAAGCUGAAACUAGCUAGCUAAGCUAAACAAGAUGGUAAAGUGCUACACUCUACUCCUACUCUCUGCUCUGUUGGUAUCGUCCAUGAGCGCACCAGCUCCUGACACUGACACUGGAGGUGAGGAGAAUGACCAGGACCAAAGAAUAAUAAACCCUCGACUAAAUCCCAUAUCUAAAAGGAAUUUCGUUCAACCGCUUAUUAAGAAGUUUUCUAACUUCUUAGAGGACUUGCCUCUCGACCAACUGACGCUUUUGGAGAGUGCCAAAGACAUAUCAGAAUUUCAAGGGAUAUUGGGAGCAUUAAUCCACGAUGACAAUAAAGAUGGAGAAAAUGUGUUUGAUAUGAUUGAUCAGCUCAAGAAUCGCUACACAAUGCUUCACGGCAUCGUAAGAGGAUUAAUUGCGAAGACUGGAAAGUCUAAUCCUGUCUCUGGAAAUGAACCAAGCAGUCAGAACGAAAGGCUUCAUCCUGUCUCUAGAACCGAAGAACCAAGCAAAGAACCUUCCAGUCAAAGCAAUGGCCAGUCACCAUCGAAACUUGAUGGAGCUGUUGAAAAGAUAGUUGAACAGCAAUUGAUGGCUGCUAUGAAAACCCUGCCAGUAGAAGACGUCGAAAAACUUCAGAAUAUGUUGGCUGAAGGAAAUGAUCCUUCUCAAAUACUGAAAGGACUACAACCUGCAUUCCCUAAACUUACCGAUGAAUUGAUAAAAGUUGCCGUUAAAUAUUCAUCCGAGUUGAAGGCUGUAAUUGAUCAAAUUACCUUUGAAGACAAACUGGAAGCAGCUGCCGCAACUGCUCAGCCAUCUGAACUAUACGAGGCAGAGAAAGAAGAUUUUGUUAUGGAGGAAGAAGUGGAGAAACCUACCAACAGUGGCAGUCCACAAGAAGAGACAACUAACUAUGGCGACCAUGAACCCAGGCCUUGGAACAAUGGCUAUAUAUAUAAUGAGGAGGAGGACGUAAAGGCAGAUGAAGUGAGUACGGAUUACUACAGGCCUGAACAACUAAAUGUGGAGAAGGAGGACGUAAUGGUAGUUGAAGACGAGGCCCAAGAUUACUUCAGUGAGCCAACUGCCAGCCCCAAAUCUACCAACCUUGAGAAGCUACCUAAAAUGGCUGGACCAAAUCUUUUAACUGAAGGACAAUCUCACAGCGGUGAAAUAGGAAAACCUAUUCACAAGUUUGGGAGGAUAUUCGACGCGAUGACACUCGGCGAUCUCAAGCUUUUGGAGCAUACCAUCGGAGACAAAAAAGACUUCUCAGAAUUUGAGGGAUUGUUGGGAGCUCUUGCUGACGAUGGCGGUGAAGAUGUGUACAGCAUGUUAGACCAACUCAAGGGCCAUUACACUCUACUGCAUGGCAUCUUGAGAGGAAUGAUUUCAAGGAAAGAAAAGCUUAACCCUGUCACUAAAAGUCCUGGAACCAAAGAACCAAGCAAAGAACCUCCCAGUCAAAGCAAUGGCCAGUCAUCAUCGCAAUAUCCCGUCAAACCCAAGCUUGAUGGAGCUAUUGAAAAGAUAGUUGAACAGCCCAGUCAAAGCAAUGGCCAGUCAUCAUCGCAAAAUGAAGUCAAAUCUCAACUUGAUGGAGCUAUUGAAAAGAUAGUUGAACAGCAAUUGAUGGCUGCUAUGAAACCCCUGCCAGUAGAGGACCUCAAAAAACUUCAGAAUAUGUUGGCUGAAGGAAAUGAUCCUUCUCUAAUACUGAAAGGACUACAACCUGCAUUCCCUAAACUUACCGAUGAUUUGAUAAAAGUUGCCGUUAAAUAUUCAUCCGAGUUGAAGGCUGUAAUUGAUCAAAUUACCUUUGAAGACAAACUGGAAGCAGCUGCCGCAACUGCUCAGCCAUCUGAACUAUACGAGGCAGAGAAAGAAGAUUUUGAUGUUAUGGAAGAAGAAGCGGAAGAAGUGGAGAAACCUACCAACAGUGGCAGUCCACAAGAAGAGACAACUAACUAUGGCGACCAUGAACCCAGGCCUUGGAAUAAUGGCUAUAUAUAUAAAGAGAAGGAGGACGUAAUGGCAGAUAAAGAGAGUACGGAUUACUACAGACCUGAACAAGUAAAUGAGGAGGAGGAGAACGUAAUGGUAGUUGAAGACGAGGCCCAAGAUCACUAUCUACUACAAUGGCCAACAAACUAUGAUAGUCGUCCUGAACAAGAACCUGCCGGGAGUGGGUGGAGGCAUGGAUCAUGGCACUGCUUCAUGAUAUUCCUCGUGAUUACCACUCUAUUAGGUGUCGGCUUCUUCUGCUGUCAGAGCAAAGACCAGGUCAGAGGACACGAGAAGGCCUCUAUUCCGAACAGCACUGACUCUAAGGAACAGACACUUCACAUCUACAAAUACAAGCCACUGAAAUCAAUCAGCUCAAUAAUAUAACAACUCUUUAUAAACCCCCCCCCCCUGAUUAUGUAGGCCUAUACUGGCUAUAGUUGCUGAACAUUGUUAUGUGCUGUGUGCAUAAUAAAUUAUUUUGUUUUGCUACACAUUAUUUUCUGAAACGCCUGGAAUUAAUUGCUACAACGUUGGUAGCAAAAAUGUUUGCGAAUUUUUGA